GACUUGCUUUUUGUUGUGAAUACAAUUCACAACCGUACUGUGAAUGUGAGUUUGGGGAGACCUGCAACACAUUGGAAUCCAGUCGAAUGGAGCAAUCUGAAUGGGAGAGAUACGAAGAACUAGGGUUAAGGGAGGCCUUGAAUCGACCCCAUCGUUUCCCACUUGCUUGCAAUGAGCUGAGCUCCAUCCUCCUAAACGCAUAUUCUCAACUCCCGAAGAAUCUUCAGUCUCUCAUCUUCCAAGACACUCUCCUCGCCUUUCGCCUUCUUCCGGAAGUGCAGAUGCAAGCUUCAAUAUCUGCAGUUAACUCCCUUUUGCAUAGCGUGGAGGUUGCUUUGCCAAAACAAAAGAGGAAUUUGGCUGCUAAAGAAUUUAAACAUGCAAUCAUUGCUCAUAAGAGGCAUUGCAAGGCCAGUUGUGAUGAAGAUGGUUCUAUACAACUUCAUCAAGAUGUUCUUGCACACAUUUUCCAUUUUUUGGAUUUACAAACUCUGUUAUCUACUGCAUCGGUUUGCCGGUCAUGGAGAGGAGCAACUUGUGACAACCGUCUUUGGCAAUUAAUGUAUACAGACUUUUUUGGCAUUUCUAAUAACCUCUCAAAUGAUAUUGGAUUUAGAAGCUGCGCAUCAUCUCAGAAUGUGCAACACACGUGUCAAGAAGAAAUAAACACUGCGACAAGUGUUGUUGACUGGCAAGAAGCUUUCAAGCGAGCUUAUAAAGAUUGGUCAUCAAAAAAGCUACUAACAUAUCAGAGGGGCUACUGCAGUUACUGCCAUUCUGUAGUUUGGCUUAAUAAUGGCAAGUGUUCUAACAAACACAUUGGCAAGGGGUGUCGCUACCAUGUGAUCAAACCUGUUUCAACUCAACAGAUUGUUGACUAUAUAUUAUCGGGCUCCAUAAUUGGAUCUUCUUGCAGUUCUGAUAGUGAUCAAGAAGACACUGAAGAAUCUAUGUUUAAGCUGUGGGCAUUUCCUAUGCGAGUUGGAAAGCCUCUAUUAGGUCUGCAAAAUGUAUAAGAAACUGCUGCAAUUUGAGCCUUUUGUAGUAUUCACUAUUACUCCCUCCCAAAAUAAACUGAUGCAAUUUGAGCCUUUUUUCCAUCAUCUAAGGUGGAGCCAAAGAUUCUCUUUUUCUUUUUUCUUUGGGGUAAAACUGUUUGCGCUUCUUUUAAUAGUGAAGUAAGUAGCAGUUAAUCAUUGAAACUUUCGACGCUCAUCACGGGUCAUCCGGAAACAACUGUUUUAUUUUUUUGACACAAGAAUAGGUUGCGUACGUGAUAUCUGUUUUA